CUUAUUAACCGACUCCCCUCUCUCACCGUGUCUUGCUUUGGAGUUUGGACAGCCUUCACCUGAGACCUCUUCCCUCGGCGGCCGUUCCGCAGAUCGGAUCGCGUCUCCCCUGUCUUCCGCCGCCAUAUUCGCCGGAGGAACCUCAGAAUCUUGAGUAUGAGUUCAGUGAACUCCGCAUCAAAUGGUUCUGAAAAGCAAUCUCUAUUUGAGGAGCAGAGGGCUAAGAUUGGUAUAGUAAGAGCAUCAUUAGGCUCACUGCCAGACAAAUUAUCCUUAUAUUGUUCUGAUGCAUCAAUUGCAAGAUAUCUUGUGGCAAGAAAUUGGAAUGUUAAGAAGGCAACUAAAAUGCUGAAGGAAACCUUGAAAUGGCGCCUUCAGUACAAGCCAGAAGAAAUUCGCUGGGAGGAGGUGGCCAAUGAAGCUGAGACAGGAAAAAUUUACAGAACUAAUUACUUCGACAAGUAUGGGAGGAGCAUUCUUGUCAUGAGACCUGGGUGCCAGAACACAAAGUCAACAAAAGGACAGAUCAGAUACUUGGUAUAUUGUAUGGAAAAUGCUAUUUUAAACCUUCCACCUGAGCAGGAACAGAUGGUAUGGCUUAUUGAUUUCCAUGGAUUCAACCUGUCAAACAUAUCAGUGAAGGUAACGAAGGAAACAGCUCAUGUUUUACAAGAUCAUUACCCAGAAAGACUGGGUUUAGCAAUUCUGUACAACCCACCAAAGUUCUUCGAGUCUUUCUGGAUGGUGGUGAAACCCUUUCUAGAGCCAAAGACUUACAGAAAAGUAAAGUUUGUGUACUCUGAUGACCACAGCACCAAGAAGAUCAUGGAAGAACUUUUUAACAUGGAUGCACUAGAAUGCGCAUUUGGGGGCAAUAACCAAGUGGCUUUCAAUAUCAAUGACUAUGCACAGAGGAUGAGGGAAGAUGAUAAACGGAUGCCUUUAUUCUGGAGCCAAGACAAUGCCUCGAUGUCUUCUAAACCAUUUGACAUGACCAUGGCUGUCCUUGACACAGGCAACUCGGAAUCAGAUUCUGAACAGUCUGAUAAAGAGGGUGAAGGCAAGCCAGGAACUCAUAUGCCUGAUUCCGAAUGUUCACCUGUAGAUGGUUCGGUGGAAUUAACUGGCAGUGGGAGGAGUGGCGGAUCAGAUCAGCAGUCGGUUCAGUGAGAAGAGAAUAAGAAUUGCUAAUGUGAUACUGGGUUAAACCUAAUAAUACUAACUUACAUUGCCUGUGUUUUAUAAUAGCCGUUCACCCCGAGUUUCCAAUGAGCUCGGGGUUUUCCCUCUUACCAAGAAGAAUUCCAUCAUAAAUCAAUACUUUAUCAUGUGAAGAAUGUCCAAUUUCCUCCCGUUCAGUUCCCUUGCA